AUGGCGGAAUUCGUGCGUGCUCAAAUCUUUGGCACCACCUUCGAGAUCACGAGUCGGUACACAGAUCUGCAGCCCGUUGGCAUGGGUGCUUUUGGCCUGGUCUGUUCCGCCAAAGACCAAUUGACCCAGCAGCCGGUCGCCGUCAAGAAGAUCAUGAAGCCCUUCUCAACCCCGGUUCUCUCCAAGCGCACGUAUCGAGAACUCAAGCUUCUAAAACAUCUGAGACAUGAGAAUGUCAUCUCGCUGAGCGACAUCUUUAUCUCGCCACUGGAAGACAUCUACUUCGUGACCGAGCUUCUGGGCACCGAUCUUCACCGGCUUCUUACUUCCCGCCCGCUCGAGAAGCAGUUCAUCCAAUACUUUCUCUACCAGAUUCUUCGUGGCCUCAAAUAUGUUCACUCCGCCGGCGUCGUUCAUCGAGACCUCAAGCCGAGCAACAUUCUUGUCAACGAGAACUGUGAUCUCAAGAUCUGCGAUUUUGGUCUGGCCCGCAUCCAGGAUCCUCAGAUGACCGGCUACGUCUCAACCCGUUACUACCGCGCUCCUGAGAUUAUGCUCACAUGGCAAAAAUACGAUGUUGAGGUUGAUAUCUGGUCUGCGGGCUGCAUUUUUGCCGAAAUGCUUGAGGGGAAGCCGCUGUUCCCUGGCAAGGAUCACGUCAACCAGUUCUCCAUCAUUACGGAGCUUCUGGGUACUCCGCCGCAGGACGUGAUCGAGACCAUUUGCAGCGAGAACACUCUCCGGUUCGUACAGUCGCUGCCCAAGCGAGAACGGCAGCCUCUGAGCUCCAAGUUCAAGAACGCCGACCCAUCUGCGAUUGAUCUUCUGGAGCGAAUGCUGGUAUUCGAUCCCCGGAAGCGCGUCUCCGCCGCUCAGGGUCUCACCCAUGAGUACUUGGCCCCAUAUCAUGACCCGACCGAUGAGCCGGUUGCCGAAGAGAAGUUUGACUGGUCAUUCAAUGACGCGGACCUACCCGUGGACACGUGGAAGAUCAUGAUGUAUUCCGAAAUUCUCGACUAUCACAACGUGGACCAAACGGCCGAUGACCUAGCUGGGCAGGCUGGUCAAGGAGGCCUCACGAUCGAGCAAGCAAAAGCCGCCAACGCUAAUGGACAGGAAGUUGGUUCGUGA